GCAUCUCCGAUGGGUAGGAGAACUGUUUGUAAACAAUACAGUUCUCCUCCCUGUCAGCUUGUGCACACUGCUUUGGAUGGCUCUGCACAGCACAGCCAUCCAAAGCAUUGUGAUUACAGUGAAGUACAAACACACAGCCCCCUAGUAAAACACACCCAGCACACAGUUAACCCUUUGAUCGCCCCUCAUGUUAACCCCUUCCUGCCCAGUGCCAUUAGUACAGUGUCAGAGCUUUUUUUUUAGCACUGAUCACUGUAUUAGUGUUACUGAGGAUGUCAGUGACACCAAGUCAGUUCCCCCUAGUGUCAGAAUGCCCGAUGCAGUCCCACUAUAA